CUGUGAUGAUGAAAAUAUUCGUAAUAGGUUUCUCGUAAGCGGCCGUAAUUAUUCUCGACGAACCGUGACGUUCGAGUGCGUGAGUGUUAAGGCUACAAGCUACAUUUGCGAUCGCGCAGAUACCAAAAGAUGAUACUUCCCUAUCAGCCGCUGCGAACGAAAAACGUGCCUUUACAUCAGCCACGGUGUUAAUGGAGCUCGGAGCGUAAAUGGACGCUACCGGUGACGUAACAUUCUCGAACAAAGUGGGCUCCUCUAACGCCUCGCCGCGUUCAAAUCUCUUCAACACUCCUCAGACGAGGAUGCAGACGAGAAUCGUUUACGGAUCCCUCGUGGGGCUUACAGUCUUGGUUCUGGCGCUAGUAAUCGCGCUAGCGGUCGUGGCCUCGAAGAAGUCGACCGGAAGGGAGCCGUCGGCUGCUGCCGGAAGUGACGCAUGGAACGGUGUGUGGGAUCUACCGGAAGUGGAUUGCUCAUACGCGAAAGACAAGCUGGAACGGGCGAAGUGUGUUUUGGACAGUUAUCCUCUGAUUGACGGACAUAACGACUUGUCGGCGAAAUAUCGUAUCUACUCCAACACAUCCGUGUAUAAUGUAUCUCUAACUUCGGAUCUCCGGACGAUCUGGAACAUGUCGCACACCGAUAUACCUCGCCUGCGGGCUGGAAAACUGGGCGGUCAGUUCUGGGCUUGCUUCGUCCCCUGUGGGUCCCAAUACAAGGAUGCCGUCCGUCUGUCCUUGGAGCAACUUGACAUCAUCGAGAAGUUCGUCAGGCGAAACCCGGAAACGUUCACUUGGGUCACAACGUCGCAAGGUAUUAUAGAUGCGUUCAAGGCUGGUCGGGUGGCCAGUCUAGUCGGUCUUGAAGGAGGCCACUCUAUAGACAGUAGUCUGGGCACCCUGAGAAUGUUUUACAAUUUGGGAGUGCGCUACAUGACAAUCACGCACAGCUGCAACACCCCAUGGGCAGACAACUGGAAGAUGGACAACGAAUCCACGUAUAACGAAACAGUAGAUGGACCGAAACUGGGCGGACUUACUGAAUUCGGAGAGAAAGUCAUUCUGGAGAUGAACCGUCUCGGGAUGCUCAUCGAUCUGUCGCACGUUGCCAACGCAACCAUGGAGGACGCACUGCGAGUAUCCAAGGCUCCCGUCAUAUUUAGCCACUCGUCGGCGUUCAGCGUCUGUAACCACUUCCGAAACGUUCAAGACUCCGUGCUACACCUCUUGAAGGAAAAUGGCGGUGUUGUCAUGGUCAACUUUUAUGACAAAUACGUCACGUGUCCUCCAAUGAGAACCAGCGCAUCAAAGCUAAAGCAUGUAGCAGACCACAUCGACUAUAUCAAGAACUUGAUAGGCGUAGAUUACGUGGGAAUAGGGGCGGACUACGACGGGGUGCCGAGCUUGCCCGAGGGUUUAGAGGACGUUUCGACGUAUCCCGCCUUGUUCGCAGAGCUGGUGGCGCGUCGCUGGAGUGACCUAGACCUUCAGAAACUUGCAGGGAGAAAUCUCAUACGGGUGUUUAGGAAAGCGGAAAAAGUGCGAGAUGAGAUGUCCUAUAUGCCUCCAUUCGAAGACAUGCUGUCAGAAGAUGAAAACAGCCACAACAAGCCGUGCCGGACCGAUCUUAGUAUCUGGGGUAUGUAACCUAUUAAGAAGAGGCGAUCAUCGGUGGAGACGGGUAGAGUGCAAACUGGGCAAAGGUCGAGGCGGACUCAACUUUACGGCCCGAAUAUGAAAACACGGUUUCCGGAACAUGUUAGAGCGUUGAAUUAAUAUCCUGUUGGCUGAACUUUGAAUGACACCAUUGUUUAUAAAUGAUAUGUUUCACAUAUGUUUUUUCACUCUGUAAUAAAUGUUGUAUUGUUUUACGCAGACUACACAAUAACGGUUUUAUGUUGUUUAUGUUGAAGUAACACCAUACAGUCAACUCGCCAAAAGGGGGUCUCACCAAUAGGGAGUCACUAUCGUGUAUUUCAUGAAAAAAGUAUAAUCAAAUCAAAAACAAUUGUUGCAUAAUGUGUCCUUUGGAUAAAUGUACAAUUUUACAAAUGUGUGAAAAGAUGCUCCAACUGUUGAUCUGACAGGGGAGAUAAUUCUGUAAACAGUGAUCCUUUAUUGGAGAUAGUGAAUGCUUUUGUGUACAUCAUUUUAUUAUAGGUAAUGUUUAUUUUUUUUCCAACGAAACCUUUUUUAAUCUGAAAUAUUGUUAAAUGACAGCGUUAUAAACGGUUUAUUUAUAGUUUUUGUGAUCAUAUGAUAUGUUUUCAUUGUCGUACUUUCAUUGGUCAUUUUUGCAAAACAGUGUACUGCGGCAGAAUAAUAAUACAGAAAAAUGAUAUAAUAGCAUUUAUUUUUACAUCUUUGUCAUAUAUACACAAAAGCCAAAAGGACACAAUUUUAAUGGAAAUAUUUAACGUUUUUUGGCAUGUGAUUCUCUAUUGGCAAGUUGAUUUAUUUUGUCAAAAACCAACCAGAUGGAAACCGCCCAUCACCCUAGAAACCACCCGUUUGACUGGUAAAAGAUUUUUUUGCAAUUAACACCAUAAUUAUUUCUAUCACUGUUACGUUAUAAAAAGCGGCUAUAAUGAGAUCGUCAUACCUAUAUAAUUAUGAAUAAAUAACUUGGAAACAUACCAAAAUAGGCAAAGUCGAGUUACUUCAGUUAUAAAACGAUAAAUUAUCACACCACAAUGUAUAUUAUAAUGACUCUAAAGGCAAUUAUCAUACCACCAUGUAUAUAAUAAUGACUCUAAAGGCAAUUUCAUCUUUAAAAUCAUCAGCCUCAAUCUUUAUUUAUUUUAUCAAGGGAGGUAACUCAUACAGAAAUCGAUACUGAUAAUGUCAAAAAGCGGGUCUAUUAAAGAGGUAUUACGAACAUAUCAUAAGAUUUAAAAAAAAACGAAAUAGCACUCUUUUUCAAAACAUUACUAUUGAGACUUCUUGAGAACGUUAAGGAUUAUUUUUAACAGUUAAAUACAAUGUUGUUUUUUAUACAGCUA